UUUAAAUACUCAGAGGUUCAGGACAGGAAGGAAGAAGUAGUAUCUUAAUCUUACCGAAUAAUAAAAAAAAAUAAAAAUAGGGAGGUAGCGAGGUGGAUUUCAAAUCCAACGUUGUGGCAACAAUAGCGGUGAACCAAAUCUGACUUUUUAUUGGAAGUAAACAGCAUCUUUCUCAAUCUCGAAGUCUAAGAAUCUAUAUAGAUAUUUCAUUGGUGGAAAAUGGGAACGGAGAACUCCUCUAACUCCAAUUUGACCUCUCAAUGCGACGACGACGACGACGAUAACACCAAAACCCUUGUGGUCUUGAAUGUCUACGAUCUUACCCCUGUCAAUAAUUACAUGCGUUGGUUUGGAUUUGGGAUCUUUCACUCCGGCAUUGAAGUGCAUGGUAAGGAGUAUGGAUUUGGUGCCCAUGACUUCGCAGCUAGUGGAGUUUUUGAAGUGGAGCCAAAGAAGUGCCCUGGAUUCAUAUAUAGAUGUUCCAUCACUUUGGGCCAAAUAAAUAUGAAUGCUUCUGAGUUCCGAACAUUUAUUGAAAACAUGGCUGCUGAGUAUCAUGGGGAUACCUAUCACCUUAUAUCUAAGAACUGCAAUCAUUUUACAGAUGACGUCUCAUAUAGAUUGACUAGAAAACAUAUCCCAGGUUGGGUGAAUCGGCUUGCUAAGCUAGGUGCUUUAUGCAGCUGUCUACUUCCUGAAAGUCUUCAAGUAACAGGUGUUAAACAGCUACCCGAAUACCAUGAAUGCUCAGAUGAUGAAUUUGUCGAAUCUCUUUCGAGUGCCACACCCCGUGGGUCAACAGAAAUAGAUGAUGAACAAGAAAAACACCUUCUGUCACCAUCAUCUGGAACUGAGGAAGUUACUUUCGUUAAAGAGACCCAAGCAAAAUGAACAUGAUUUGUUUGAGGUGAGACAACCCUUGGAUAAUACAGGCUGUCUUCGCAUGAAUAUUUGUCCAAUUGAUUUGCAAGGAUUCUUUAUUUCCCAAAAUUUUCUCAAUCUUCCAUGUUUGUUGUACCCUUUUUGUCAUGUAAUUAUUAGGACUCUUAAGUCAUUUGUCAUGUAAAAUUGUAAAUUACAUCCACGUGUGGAAACUGUCUUGAGUUAUAAAAUCUUUUCUUAGCAGAUAAGCCAGUUUGUUUGAGGAAUUUAUGUGAAAAAU